AUGAAGUACAGGAAGAGGAAUAAGAACAUAAAUAUUCUUUUUGUGGGUGCAUCUAACACGGGAAAGAGUUCACUUAUAAACUCCAUGGCAAGUGCUGAAUUGCUCUCAGAAGGAGACGUUACAGAGCAUCAAAUAUUUAUAAAUGAGAAGGGAAUAAGAAUAUUUGACACUCGCGGGUAUGGCACUGACAGAAGCACAGACACAAAAAUCAAGCAGAUAGAAAUAUUCAUAAGAGACCGGUAUAAGAGUUUUUUACUAGAAGAAACAAAAAUUCAAAGGGAUCCUUUUUUAGAAGAUUCUCGUAUACAUUUAAUGGUUCUAUUUGCAUCACCAGCCAGUAAGGGUAUAAAGGACUAUGACAUUGUACUACUUAGACUGCUGUCUAAUAAAGUGAACACAUUAGUAAUUAUUCCUAAGUGUGAUUAUUAUACAGCCGAAGAAAUACAAGUACAAAAAAGAAAAAUAUCCGAUCUAUUAAAGCUAAAUAACAUAAAUACAUUCGGUGUAGAGGAGGAUGAAGAUGCGUACGUAUUUGCACUGUUCAGUGGGGAGAGGAAUCCAGUAGAUAGUACGUAUAAAGAAAGAAUCCUUCCUCAUGGGAUAGCAGACACUACAAAUGAAAAGCAUUCUGAUUAUAUUUCAUUUAUGAAUAUGUUAGAUGAAGCAAGAGAAGAUUUGUUGGAUUUAACACACACGCACUUCUAUGAGAAUUACAGGACGGGUAUGCUAAGUGAUCAAUAAACAAUACUACCACAG